AUGAUUGAGCUGGGUCUCACCCGCGUCAACGAGUUCGACGUCAUGAGCGAGAUUGCUUGCGGAGAUCAGCCCGCGCCCUGCGGACAGACGGACACGACGUUUCAUCCAUUCAAGAAUGUGGAGAAGUGGUUCGCCUGCUGGAACUUUGCCACCAAGUACGGCCACGGUCCCGAGGACCGAUUGGCCUCCAUUACCGUGGAGCAGGAAGAGAUGGUGCAGCAGUUGAAGAUGGAGGAGGCAGCUGCCAAGGAGAAGAAGGAAGAGGCUGCCAGAUGA